GUCCCAUUUAUCAGCUGGGUCUCUGCGGGACUGCAUCAACAUAGGCAACAGUUCUGCCGACAAAGCAGGGUCUACCAUCUAGAGGUCAAAAGAGGCAGGCAGAGGUACACGACGUGACCCGGCUUCGAGUACAGCUGGUAUUUCAUGCUUGCCUUUUGCCGACGUACGGCAUCAAGUCUCAAUUGGCGUCGGCUCGAACCUGCAAUCGCUCACUCGGCCAAGCCGUAUCGCCUCACAGUUACACAGUUCAAAAGCGACUCGGUACGGUUCAUUUCUUCCUUCAAGAUGUCGGUCGAUCAAUUGGCACAAGCGGCGCAACAGCCUGUUCCAUGGCCUGGCGCAAGGACGUACGACGGGGCAAUCGAAGCACUGAACUCGCUACAGAGCAAUGCCUCAUUUAUUGAGGCCAAGCGGAAGGCUGGACCACAAUUUGUGGAUGGUCUUCCUUUGGAGACUGAAACCCUGCGAAGAAUAGGCUAUGGACCGACCGAUCUUAACAAGCUCAAUGUGAUUCAUAUCACCGGAACAAAGGGCAAAGGAUCGACAUCUGCGUUCUGUGAUGCCCUCUUACGACAAGCAGCUGCAGCAUCUGUUGCUCCUGGGUCGAAGAAGAUUGGGCUUUACACUUCGCCGCAUAUGAUCGCUGCGCGGGAGCGAAUUCGGAUCAACGGAUUACCGCUGGAAGAAGAGACGUUCGCUCGAUACUUCUUUGAGGUCUGGGAUCGGCUCGCACAGAAUCCAGAGCGGCAAAGCCCAGACACACCGCUGCGGCCGCUAUACUUCCGUUUUCUGACCGCUCUAUGCUUUCACGUCUUUCUGUCGGAAACGGUGGACGCUGUCAUUCUGGAAGUCGGCAUCGGUGGACGUUAUGAUUCCACCAACAUUGUUCCAAGGCCAGUCGUGACCGGGAUCACAUCGUUAGGCAUCGAUCACACUUUCAUGCUUGGCGACACGAUCGAAAAGAUCGCGUGGCAAAAGGGAGGUAUCUAUAAGAAGGAUGUUCCAGCGAUCAGCGUGCAGCAAGAUCCCAAAGCGCUGAAAGUGCUUGAAAUGUGCGCGGAAGAAGCCCAGGCAGAUGGGUUCACCGUCCUGCCGUCACCUCAUGACCUUCCCGCGCAGCUGCCGCAGGGCUUGGGCUUGCCUGGCGCACACCAAGCCACAAACGCGUCUCUCGCCGUGGCACUGGUGAGGACAUUCCUUCGCUCUGUGACCGGUAACUCAUGCUUUCCAGAAGCAGCAGCAACAAUGGACGCGAUGUCGCCGUCUUCUUCGAAGCUCUUUCCGUUCGAAAUCAAGGCGCUCGAGUCUGCACGCUGGCCGGGGAGAUGCCAAGUCGUCCCCUCGAAUGAGCGACUAAGGGGCAUAACGUGGUACCUGGAUGGAGCACACACCACAGACAGCCUAGAACUAUGCGUGCGAUGGCUGGUACAGCGAACAUACAGCGACGCGCAGGCAGGCAGCAUGCCCAAACGAGUUAUCAUCUUCAACUGCACCAGCGGCCGCUCGGCGUCCCAGCUUCUAGCAAGCAUGCUGGAUGAAAUUGAACGUGGGGCCGAGCCCCAGCAGUCGCACGCGUCUAAGACGGAGCCCCAGCAGGAACAGCAGGGGCGACUGCCGUAUCCAAAGGCUCGCAAGUUCUUCGACCAAGUCUUCUUCUGCACUAACACGACGUACAGCGACGGCAUGUUCAAAGGUGACCUCAUGUCGAAAGCUGUCGAUCCGUCCGACUUAAACGCUCUGACAAUCCAACGCGAGCUCCAACAAGCUUGGAACGAGCUCCUCGGCCUCAGGGGUGCCGCAUCUGCAUCCGGGGCACAAGCCCCUGACGUGGCAGCAAUACGUUCUCGCGUCGACGUGCUGCCUUCGAUCCAACAUGCUAUCAAUGCGAUCGAAGCCGUGGAGGCAGACUCGGCAGCCGCAGCCACCGAGGGCGUACAAGACGUGCAUGUCCUCGUGACGGGCAGCUUGCACCUCGUUGGAGGCGUCAUGGCUCACCUGAAAGAUCGCAAAUUGCUCGAUGACGCGCUCGUUAGCGUGCACCAAGUCCAGCAGGCGCAAAGUGUCAAGGUGUAAGCUAGUAGGAGCUUUUCAUCAUGCCAGAGGAGAUCUAAAUAGCGAAUUCCUGUACUCAACAAUCGGGCCGAUCUGUAUAGAGGCACAGAUGACAGAGAAGCGUUCUUGCAGACGAUC